AUGAAUGUGUUGUCGCUAAACGUAAGGGGGAUCGGUGAGGCACAUAAACAAUCAUGGGUGAAGAAUUUAUGCUUUGCACAUCGAAUCUCGCUUGCUUGUCUUCAGGAAUCUCAGCUGGGGUUAGUUUCUUCACUUCAUCUAAACAUUAGAAAUUGUUGGGCAAGCAACAAUUUGGGAUAUGAAAUAAUUGAAGCAUCGGGUAGGUCUGGAGGGAUAAUUACAAUUUGGGAUGAUGGAGUCUUCAUGUUCACGGACUCUAUUAAGGCAAGACAUUUCCUGAUUGUGUUUGGGAGAUGUGUGGGUAAAAACACGGAUAUAGCAAUAGUAAAUGUGUACGCUCCACAGGGGACGGUGGAUAAGAGGAAAUUGUGGGAAGAUCUAGCUCAAAUAAAAGCUAAUAGAGUGGCGAUGUGGAUUUUUACCGGUGAUUUUAACACUGUGAGGAACAAAGAGGAAAGGAUAAAUUCGAGAUUUUGCCAUGUCUUUGCAGAUGAUUUCAAUCACUUCAUCUAUUCUAACGCAUUAACUGAUCUAAGAAUGGGAGGUUCAAAAUUCACUUACUUUAAGCCGGAAGACGGGGGGAAAUUAAGCAAAUUAGACAGGUUUCUCGUCUGUGAUAAAUUUAUGGACUCCUUUCCUGGAAGUGCGGUGACAACCCUCCCUAGGGACUUGUCGGAUCACUGCCCAAUUGUGAUGAAAACAGAUUGUGAGGACUUUGGCCCGAGACCAUUUAAAUUUUUUAACUCUUGGAUGUACCGUACAGGGUUCAACGAGGUGGUAUUGAGGGCAUGGACAAAAUUCAGAGGAUAUGGAUACGUUGACUCUUUUCUGGCGACUAAGCUUCGACUUUUGAAAGCUGAAAUAAAGAAAUGGCGUGAUUUAAAUUUCGAUAAAGAAAAUGGGGAACUGAUUGACUGCAGGAAAAAAAGUAUUACAAAUUGA